UCUGGAGGUUCUUUUAAAGGCAGGGCUUGAUGUCAACCUAAAAAACGAAAAAGGAAAUUCUUUACUUCACCUGGCAGCCAGAGAAGGUCACAUCGAAAUAGUGCAACUCCUGCUCAAGAGAGGUGGGGAAGUAAAUGCUGUCAACAAUAAAGGAAAAAACUCCACUUCAACGCGCUGCUUACUUUGGACGAACUGAAAUUGUAACAGCGCUGCUAGCGGCUCAACCUAAGGCGAGGACAUCAACAGAUGGCUUGUCUUUCAUGCAUGCUGCAGCGCGGGGGAAUAGGCUUCACACAAUUCAAACUGUCUUCACGGACUUUCUCCAUACAUUUGAUCCUCAGUCGUUAUACCGUGGUUGCAGUAUAGCAGAGUGUGCUAGUGCUGUUGGUGGCAGUGAUUGUACCUGGUGGCUAAGAAAACAAGUGUCUGAAGAUGCAGGGGUAUGUGGUCCCUCGACCAGUAAUCUGGAUUACAGCAAGGAAAUCUACGAAGUGAGUGGAUCCGAUGUCCUCAGGAGAGCUGGAAAGGAGGGCUGGUGGGAUUCUUCGUGGUUAAAGAAAAGUGUCAUUGACGGACAGAUAGAACUGCAUUACAUGGACGAACAGGGGGACACUGCCCUUCACGCAGCUGUAAGACGUGGUAAUAAAGAUGCAGUGAGAUAUCUUGUCGAGGUUGGAGCGCUCUUAGUAGCCCGGAACCAUCAGAACCUGACGCCAGUAGACAUUGGCUACGAAACGGGAGCAAGUUUGCUGGAUUAUCUGCCUCAGAAGCCAAACACUCGGCUCGACGGCAGAAUAGCUUCACAACUGUACUCGGAUCUGCUGAGCGUCAUUGCCCAGACUGCCAGUCUCGAUGUUGUUGACAGCAGACUACAAGGAUCUCGUGGAGAACACGGGAAAAAGUCAGACAUACUGGUACAGGAAUGGAAACUACAGGUCACAAAGAUCGUGAGCAGACUGUUGGCCUGGGGAGUACCUCAUGAGCGUCUAGGAAGUUGUGACAGGCUCAUACUGCCUGUGGCCAUCACAACAAAUAACAGGAUUUUACUGCCAGUGCUCUUGGCUGCCGGGUUUCCGCUUACCACUACAGACUCAGGAUUAGGCAUUGUCCAGUUAGCAUGGCUAACCCCAGACGUUACCAUCUGGGUUGGAAUGGUGGUAACAAGGGCUGUCAUUAAUAUUCUCAAGUGCGAACUUGAGAUGCUCAAGAUGCGGAAAGAUGAAGCUGAGGAAGAUUCUCGUUUGCUUCUGAUUCAAGGUGUGAACGAUCUGAUCCUUAAAGAUUUGUCUGGGGAGAAGCCUUGGGAAGCCUGGUUCAGGAAACCAGAUGCUGCUUCAUUGACACAGCUGUACAUAACAGCAUGCAGAUAUGGGGCUACCUUAACAGCAUGGUACGUCUGGAAGGCUGGUGGAAGCAACUAUCAUAGAGCACUGCCUUCUGAUUGUACAUCUUUGGAGGCAGCUCUGUCUAGAGGGCAUUUUUCAACUGCAUUUCGCCUAGUCGUAGAUAUGGAUGCUAAUCCUUUCCUCAAGAAUAAAGAGGGCGAACUUCUAAUCGAUUUGUUUCCUGAAGACUCACAUUUUACUGGAAAGUUAUAUCUCUUGGAGGUAAUGUUGGGAAAGGAAUAUCGAACUCUUGAUAAGAUGGUAGAGAAAUUCAAAGAUGAAAACGAUAAGCGAGAUCUUCAGCAGGUCAUCAUUUUACUUGUGGUGCUUUUUCUUCAGUACACCGUUGGUACCGGCUCCAUCAGUCCUGACAGAUGGGAAUCCUUCCUUGCUGUAGUGGUAAAGGCAUACGAAAGGAUAGAUAGACAGGAGACCUUGUAUUCAUCCUCCAAGUGGAUGCUUUCUCUCAGCAAUGUUCUUGUAAAUGAGGGAGUUAACGGAAUCAAAUUUAAACAGGCCGAAAGUGUCGAACUAAAGAUAUUAAAUAUAAAGAAGGAUAUUAAACUUGGCAAUAUUUCAGAAAAACUUAAUUUAGGCAGUAUAGAAGAUUAUUUCUAUGUUCUUUUUUCUACGCUGCAAAUUAAUUUUCGUGAAAUUAAGAUUCACAGAUGUGAGAACUUCAUUCCUGAUGAAAAGCUAAAUUUUUUGCAACUGAAGGCCUUGGAAGUGUGCUCCGAAAAAUCACUGGCAUUAUUUUUACAUCUCUUGACGUCACUUACAAGUCCUAAUCUCGAGAGCAUACUGAAUGAAGUUUGCCAAUCUCGAUCCUCCACCAUGCGGCUAAAAGUGGGAAUUCUUCUGCUGUUGCAUAUUUGCUAGAGUGUGGGGCAUCUCCUUUAAGUGAAGAUCGCUCAGGCUUUUUGCCUAUUCACUAUGCUGCCAUGUUUGGUCACAGGAAAACCGGAGAUAUCCUCAUCACUAAACUGACAAAGAGUGAAAAGAAAAAACAAAAGAAAUUACAUAAAACCUAUUCACAAUAUUAUGACAAGUACCUAGACUUUUAUGGCCUCAGUCGUGGUGACACUGGAAAAUCAAAGCAUCUGAAUGUUCAGACUUAUGAGCAACUGAUUACAAACCGUUUUGAUCAUAUCAAAAAGCAAUUAGAACAGAAAGGUGUAGACAAAUUUUCUACAGAAUAUCACGUUGAUUAUACAGAUGGUGAAUCUUGUGAAAUCAAAGAGGCUGUGGCUCAGUUCCUCUCCUCAUUAAAGAAAAGGAUGGCAUCAAAGAAUGAGAAGUUUGAAGGAGAUAUAGAAUUUGUUGGGAGUUCGGAAGACAACGUUCGCUUAUACUGCCCUGAUGAGUACGACUGUAAUCUUCUUUUGAAGACAAUCAGCGCGUAUCCAGAUGGAGGGUUGAAGGCUGAACUUAUGAAUCUUGAACAAGAAAAGAUCAUAGAGUAUGGCCAUAGGGAGUGUUUGAAAGUGCAGUCAGUUAAGGAAGAUCUCAAAAGUUUGCUGAAAGGAACCUGUUUUUUAGAUGAUUUCUAUAGUAUUGCCAGGGAAUCUUUGACUGAAAUGGACUUGACUGGUAACAAGUUAAAGGUAAUAAUGCCAGGAAUAAAGCGAACGCAGGUUGGUAUAAACUUAUCGUUCCUGUGGUUAGGUACUGAAUACCCAUUGCUCUUCAUAGACAUAGAUUUUGUUCCUACUGUGAGAGCCCCAUGGCCAGAGGGUCUUCCAAAACCCAACUGCAGUCUAGACAGGUGUCACCUGGAAGAGGUUUAUUUGAAUAAUGUUGGUGAAGACGAGUGGAGAUUAUCUUUUUGGUCCUACAGAAACUAAGAUUAUGAGAGGUCUGAGAGUUAACAAGAGAGAUGUGUUUCUGGUUUGCAAGAUGAUCUUGGCCGCUUUCAAAACGGAGAAUUGGGUUCCCGCUGAAAUAAAGAAUCAGUUUAUGUAUUGGGACAGCCGGAUGUUUUCUCUCCACUCAAAAGGAGGCUUUGCCCUAAAGAACUGUUUUUUCGAGGAACUUGAAAAUGUUACAUAUGAUGAGGAAUGGGUUAGGGAAAACCUUCUCAAGAGAGCCCAGUCAGUGUUUGAGAGAAUGUGUUUCAUAGAGGAGCAGCCUUCAGUGGCGGGAGACAUGGAGGUAAUGUCUGUUGAAUACCCAAAACCUGUCAAGGCUUAUUUCGGAGGCGAUACAGAAAAGACUUCUAUAUAUCUUUGUGCUCCAGAAAUAGUGAAGUUUUUGAGAGGGAUGAAUCAGAACUUCAACGCGCGAGAUUUGACACAGGUGGACUCCUUCUAGUCUUGGUGGACAAGAACUCAGAUCGAGGAAUAUUGACGGAGAGUUCCAAGUAGCGAUUCUUGCUAGAUUGAAGUUAUGUAUUAUUACCUUUUUAGUUACGGGAGGAGGCACUGAAUUGUCAUUUACUGAGAUUAUUCGCUCAUUGUGGUUCUAUCGUGUUUUCAGGUUGGCAUUUUUUCUUUGUAACUUUUAAAGUUAUUCGAGGAGAGGAACUAGAGAUAAAUACUAAAAAUAUGCAUCCCCAGAGAAUGGCUUUACAGUGAUUAAGUAUCACCAAUGUUAAUUUUUUCUUGAGACUGUUGUACAGUGAAGGGUCGAAGCAUUUACAUAAUGGUAAUAAUUGAGGCCUAGUCCUUCGUUCAGUCUUGUGACUGACUCUCUUUCAAGAGGAAUAUUUCUAGUAUGUUGGAGACCUGCCAAUGGCCAGAAUCAGAGUGAAGAUUUCUAACUCAUGAGGUUGCAGUCCACAGGGAAAAAGGAAAACUGAAAUUCCUUUUAGCUCAACAGUUUCAGCCUCCACUGGCCAUUAUUGAGAGCUGCUUAUCAACUAACUCACAAUGUUUAUAGUACAUACACUCAUAGUGAAAUAGAUGAAACAGAGAAAUAAAGAUAAGCAGUUAGAUAAACAUUGGUCAUUGAAAUACAAAAAAGUCAGUUACUGCAGCAACAUUGUAAUUUAAAAUGGUUGACGAACAGUUCGAAGGUUUUGAAAAGCAAAAAUAUCUUUUAAAACAAUUCAUCUAACAAGUAAACUAUGCUCUUAGUGAAAAGACAACAUAGCUUAGUUUGUACCCGAAAGCAAAGGUUCUGUUGUGUUUUCUAACUCAUGUUUGAAACAUUUUGCUAGUUUGAAGGAAGUCUUCUUAGCUAGCGAUCAGUCUUUGUGCUUUCACGAGUGAAUACUGUCGGGUGACGCUUUAAGCAUUCCUUCUUCACAGACUGGACAGCUAAAUUUACAUUUAUGGUAAGCAGUGUUGCCGUUUUGUGUUUUUUGUCUGAUAACAUGGUCAAAUGGCGCUAUUUGGCAUCUCUGUGGCCACACUUGACUACGACUACACCUGUCUUGGUAAAACAAAACCGCACGUAUAACUUUGCUUUAAAUUUGUAUAAUUAAGCUUCGAUACUGAAAAAAACUAUAAAUAAAAUAUAUACAAAAUGUAAU